ACCUUGGGAAGGUGAAGGACGUUCUCACCGAAGGUUGAAGCUGACUCGAGUUACAAAUUAUAUCCUGUUUUGCAGAAAUUAAAUAGUAACAACCAAAAUGGCACAGUCGUUAACAAAGGAAUCAUCAUGGUGUGAAUUGCAGGAAUAUUAUAAUAAAAAUGGAGGCAAACUCAACAUGCUUGAGAUGUUCAAGUCUGAUCCGGAAAGAUUCAACAAGUUCAGUAUAAAGUUAAAUGGUAAAGAUGGGGAUCUCUUGCUGGACUACUCCAAGAAUCUUAUCAAUGAUGAUGUCAUGAAGCGACUCUUUGCUCUGGCCCGUGAGAGAAAGGUUGAUGACAUGAGAAAUGCGAUGUUUAGUGGCCAGAAAAUCAACUUCACUGAGAACAGAGCUGUGCUACAUAUCGCCUUGAGAAAUAGGUCGAAUACACCCAUCAUGGUAGAUGGAAAAGAUGUGAUGCCUGAUGUAAAUCGUGUUUUGAAACACAUGCGUGAAUUCUCUACUGCCGUCCAGAAAGGAGAGUGGAAAGGUCAUACAGGAAAGGCAAUCAAAAGUGUCGUCAACAUCGGCAUCGGAGGAUCUGAUCUUGGCCCCUUGAUGGUUACAGAGGCCCUACAGCCAUUCCAGUGUGGACCUAAUGUGUACUUUGUAUCGAAUAUAGAUGGAACACACAUGGCUAAAACUCUGAAACUUCUUGACCCAGAGACUACACUGUUCAUCAUAGCUUCCAAGACAUUCACAACCCAAGAAACAAUAACAAAUGCCAAUUCAGCAAAAGCCUGGUUGUUGGAUCAUAUGAAAGGAAAUACUAGUGCAGUUGCCAAACAUUUUGUGGCUCUGUCGACAAAUGCGAAAUUGGUGAAAGAAUUUGGAAUUGAUGAAGCAAACAUGUUUGAAUUCUGGGAUUGGGUAGGAGGAAGGUACUCUCUGUGGUCUGCUAUUGGAUUGUCUAUAGCUCUGUUUAUUGGUAUGGACAAUUUUGAAGAUCUUUUAGCAGGUGCCCACUUUAUGGACCAGCAUUUUGCCAGUGCUCCCUUGGAGCAAAAUAUACCAGUGAUAUUGGCAUUGUUAGGGGUUUGGUAUGUUAACUUCUAUGGAGCGGAGACACAGGCACUGCUACCCUAUGACCAGUACCUGCAUAGGUUUGCUGCUUAUUUUCAACAAGGAGAUAUGGAGAGCAACGGGAAGUAUGUUACAAGAAGUGGAAAGGUGGUUGACUAUAAAACUGGACCCAUUGUCUGGGGAGAGCCGGGAACCAAUGGACAACAUGCAUUUUAUCAGCUGAUACAUCAAGGAACAAGAUUGAUCCCUUGUGACUUUUUGAUGCCUGUUGAAACACAUAAUCCUAUACAAAAUGGAUUGCAUCAUCAGAUUUUAACAGCCAAUUUCUUGGCUCAGACAGAAGCUUUGAUGAAAGGCAAGACAACAGCGGAGGCUAAAGCUGAGUUAGAGGCCGCCAAAAUGUCACCACAGGAUCUCGAGCAUAUCUUACCACACAAAGUCUUCCAAGGUAACAGACCAAGCAAUUCCAUUUUAGUACAAAAGAUUACCCCGUUUACGCUAGGAUCUCUCAUAGUGAUAUAUGAACACAAAAUAUUCACCCAGGGUGUGAUUUGGGAUAUCAAUUCCUAUGAUCAGUGGGGGGUUGAGCUGGGCAAGCAGCUGGCCAAGGCAAUCCAGCCAGAACUAGGUGGCAAGGAUCCUGUCAGUUCUCAUGAUGCUUCUACCAAUGGACUGAUCAACUUUAUAAAGUCCCAUAAACUGUGAACAGCUUUUCAAUUACUGAGACUCUUAGACCUCACAGAAUCUUCACUGCUUCAAAGGAGCACUUGUUUCUGGGGCUAACAAAGUAGUCCCUAUGCUUCAAUUUGCAAAAUUUUAAAUUAUUCCAUGGUUUUCAAGUGCAAAAUAUUGAAAAUAUUUGCUUUCAUCUUCUGCGGAAACUAUGCAAAAUUGUUUGGACAUUUUAAACAAACUAUACGUAAGAUUUAAGAUAGAAAAGGAACUGUUUGAGCAAACAUGCAAGAAUUAAAUGAGCCAUGCCAUGAGAAAACCAACAUAGUGGCUUUGCGACCAGCAUGGAUCCAGACCAGCCUGUGUAUCUGCGCAGUCUGGUCAGCAUCCAUGCUGUUCGCUAACAGUUUCUCUAAUUGCAAUAGGCUCUGAAAGCGAACAGCAUAGAUCCUAACCAGACUGCGCGGAUGUGCAGGCUGGUCUGGGUCUAUGCUGGCCGCAAAUGCACUAAGUUGGUUUUGUCAUAGUGCGGCUCAAAUGAAAUUUGGAGUUUCAAAGUUGCUUUUCAUGUGACUGAAUGUUACAUAUUACUGGUAUUAAAUAUUGGUCACAGACCUGCAAAACACUAUUGGUACACAUAUAAUAGACUAACUCUCACUGAUAUUUGUACAUAGUGAUAUUUAGGAACAAAUGUUAGAAGAUAUUAUACAGAGAAUUUAGUAUUAAAUUUAUGUAUUGUUAUGGUGUUAGCAGAUCAGUUUGUAGAUCUAUUUACCAUUUCUCAUUUUGCAGCGAUAUUUAACCCAUUUAAAGUGCUAUUUUUUUUAUGUUUUGAGACCUUUGGUGCAUUGUUUUUGUUACUUUGUUUUAUCUUUAUUGUUAAAUAUUUGUAUAUGAAUGUAUUGACUGAAGUAUAUAUACAUGACAUU